CCACCCAGAACAUGCGCCAAAUACAGGAAGUGGGACAAUCAGCUGAGCCUGCUGCUUCUUGUUGAUUCCCGAAGUUGCCGUUGUUCGGCGACGCUCUAACCCCGAGGACGGAAGACGGCGGACGGCUCAACAAACACGUGACGAACGGGGACGUGAGGAAUUUGAAAAAGCAUCUGCGCUGCACAAGAGCUCGCACCCAAACUGGGACCCUCGGUGGUGGCGGAAGGGAGAAAUAAAGAAAGAAGGACAGAUAGACAGACAGCCAAUUAACCCGCUUUGUGUAUGGAUGCCAUGGCUGUGUGAUCUGCAUUGCUUAUCGCCUCUGUGAUAACCACGGGGCAUUUCCUUAAUAUACGUUGUUUUUUUUUUCCUAAUUGCACUUAAUUCUCACGCAAUAAGCGCAGCUAGCAGGGUCGGCUAAUGUUAGCGAAUAGCGCAACACAGUGUUGUUGUCCUGCUCGGUGCUUUCGUAACUGGCCGAUAGUGACCCAAGAGUCUAGACUUAUUUCAGCAAUACUUCGACUGACAGCUGACGUUGUUCAUGUCAGGUUACGUAAUUUGCUCGCAAAAGUCGAGAGCAGCUAACCUGGUAGCCUGUUACUAAAAUUGUAACUUGCAAGGCUCUUUUUAAUCUUGUGAUCAUUAUUUUAUGUUUUUGAUUCAAUUUUUUUUCUUUCCCGCACACUUGUAAUGUUAGUGUCAUAUGUACCACAUGAAAGUGGUCACUUAUUACUGAAAAGUUUCACGCUGAUUUCCGCGCGUGUAUUUGUUUAUUUUGGGAGUUAUGAAUUGAAGUAGACAAUUCAGUGUUCAGGGUCGAGACGGGCAAAAAGAAGUGAGGGUCCCUCAAAGGGUCCCAUUGUGUCUUAAGGUGAGCCGCCCCCCUACUACUUGCCAAUGCUGGAUCUGGAAGUGGUGCCUGAGCGAUCACUUGGAAAUGAGCAAUGGGAAUUUGCCUUAGGCAUGCCAUUGGCCCAGGCUAUCUCUAUUCUCCAGAAACACUGCCGCAUCAUCAAAAAUGUCCAGGUGCUUUACAGUGAACAGACACCACUGAGCCAUGACCUCAUACUGAACUUGACUCAGGAUGGGAUUAAACUGCUGUUUGAUGCCACAAAUCAGAGACUCAAGGUGAUUGAAGUGUAUGACUUAAGCAAAGUGAAAUUGAAAUACUGUGGAGUCCAUUUCAAUUCUCAAGCCAUCGCCCCCACUAUAGAACAAAUAGACCAAUCGUUUGGAGCCACCCACCCCGGAGUUUACAAUGCAGCUGAGCAGUUGUUCCAUCUCAACUUUAGAGGACUUUCAUUCUCCUUCCAACUUGACUCUUGGAAUGAGGCUCCAAAAUACGAGAUUCCACAUGGGGCCAUGGUCAAGAGGAUGCACAUCUACACCGGCAACAACCUGCAAGAAACAAAAGCACCAGCGAUGCCAUUGGCCUGUUUCCUUGGUAACGUCUAUGCAGAGUGUGUGGAUGUGCUGAGAGAGGCAACAGGACCAGUCGGGCUUAAGUUCCACCUACUCACUGCGGGUUGUGGUCCCGGAGUGAUGGGCGAUGCUAAAGUGAGGUCCUUAGAACGAAAUAUCUACUUUGGAGACUCCUGCCAGGAGGUUCUGGGUGCUCUCGGGUCACCGCAUAAAGUAUUCUACAAGUCCGAGGACAAGAUGAAGAUCCACUCUCCAUCACCUCAUAAACAAGUUCCUUCCAAAUGUAACGACUACUUCUUUAACUACUUCACCCUCGGAGUGGAUAUCCUUUUUGAUUCGACAACUCAUCUGGUUAAGAAGUUCGUCCUACAUACCAACUACCCGGGACAUUAUAACUUCAAUAUAUAUCAUCGGUGUGACUUUAAGAUUUCACUUCUCAUAAAAAAAGGAGGAGCCGACUCUCAGACGGAUGACUGCGUGUUGACCACUUACAGCAAGUGGGAUCAGAUUCAGGAACUGCUGGGCCACCCAAUGGAAAAACCUGUUGUGCUUCAUAGGUCCUCAUCCGCCAACAAUACCAACCCCUUUGGCUCCACGUUUUGCUUUGGACUGCAGAGGAUGAUCUUUGAGGUGAUGCAGAAUAACCACAUCGCAUCAGUGACGCUCUACAGUCCACCACGGACCACCGGCCGAGCCCAACCUGAGGCCGGUAGCAGCAUCUCCCACUGAGCAAGUAACCGUGACAACCGCAUCUCAUUCUGUCUUGUUCUCAGAGUUGAAAUUAAGUAAGCCGCAAAAGACGACGCGGCCCGUUCUUGCAUUCAAUUCCAAAACGGCCGCAAUUGCUUUCGUUUUUCUGUUGGCCUGCAAGAAUCGCGCUCAAGCACUUGUCUUGUGUUGGAGAACUGGCACUUAGAGGAGCUUUUGCCCCGGAGGGAACAUCACGUAGACGCCGUGAUGAAAACUGCAUUCGGGCGGAACCGGUAGAAAGCAAAUACAGGAAGUGAAAUGCGACUGAGAGCUGCUCUGAAGCUGUCCUGCCCGCUGUGGACUUGUGGAAAGCCGUCAGACGCUGCAGAGGACCGAUAAAUGGAGAGACGGCAAAGCUUCAUGCUUGAUCCAAAACUUAUUGGACAAUAAAGGGACCAAGCAGUCAAUGGCGGAGCCACAUGUGACGCCUCGAAACGGAAAGUGUUCAAACAUGGCUUCCCGGGUUUACUCCCAUCGACCCCGAAACGAUCACCCUCGUGAGUUAGCCUGCUGAAUCAUCUCCUAUCCGAACAAUGAAGCACACUAAAGGCCAGUUUACUUUGUUCCAAAAAGAGAGGUCAGCGUUCAAAUCUUCGUCGACAACAAGCACAAAUUGGCCACCUUUUCUUUUUUUUUUUUUAAUCCCGCAUGUUAGAAGCAGGGCGGCCCGGUAGUCCAGUGGUUAGCACGUCGGCUUCACAGUGCAGAGGUACCGGGUUCGAUUCCAGCUCCGGCCUCCCUGUGUGGAGUUUGCAUGUUCUCCCUGAGUCUGCGUGGGUUUUCUCCGGGUGCUCCGGUUUCCUCCCACAUUCCAAAAACAUGCAUGGCAGGCUGAUUGGACGCUCUAAAUUGUCCCUAGGUGUGAGUGUGAGUGCGAAUGGUUGUUCGUUUCUGUGUGCCCUGCGAUUGGCUGGCAACCGAUUCAGGGUGUCCCCCGCCUACUGCCCGGAGACAGCUGGGAUAGGCUCCAGCACCCCCCGCGACCCUAGUGAGGAUCAAGCGGCUCGGAAGAUGAAUGAAUGAAUGUUAGAAGCAUUGAACAAUGCCCCCCCCCCCUCCCCUAGGAGUAAGCACGUUGAAAAAGUAAUGUUUGUUUGUUUUUUCCUUUUUGGGGGUGCCGGGGCGGGGGAAACAGUCUUAUUCAUUCACUGACCAAAUUUAGAGAAUAGAUUGCCCCGUAGCGUGUUGUGUGUGUGUCGACACACCUUCUGUUCCUUUACGCCAGGUGCUUAUGUGCCUGUGGAGACUACCGGUACUCUCCAACCCGGUGACGCUUGACUUUUCAUCCCUCAGCAACGUCCGCUUUCUCCUGCUCAUUUAUUUGACUGCCAAACGUAAACGCCAAAGACAUUUCAGGGUCAUUUUUGUUCCGGUUUGCUGAGCUCACCUGUAACCGUUUCAUGCUGUGUCAUGGCGUCAGGCAAGAGGGUGGGUUUGGUAUGUCACGUUUGGUUCCUUCCCAUGACAAGCUGUUUGGUCAUUUUUAUUUUUAUAUGCGAGUCCAUCUAUGUACAUGUAUUCUCUUUGUCCUCACGAGUAAGCCAAUUCAUUACGCAAGUAGCUAAAUAAAUAACUACACGUGUUUUUUGACUUGACCGUAUUGGCCAAAAGAUAAGACCACCCCCCGCUUUUUCGAGACUCAUGUUUGGAAAAAAAAAAGACUUGAACACCAAAUUAAUUUUUAUACAGAAAAUAAUUACAGUACAUCUGAAAUAAAUGAUUCUAACAAUAUAUUUGAGAGAAAAAGCGUGUUGUUUUGCCUCAUUUAAAUCUUAAUAUCUGAACAUUUAAAUAUGAAUAAAUAUGAAGCACAAUCACGGUCGUAAAUGAAUGGCUUGUGGUGUAUGAAAUGUAAAUUUAAUAACUUCUCCUCAGCUGCCGGUUAACCUGGCCGAUCUUCGACCCACUUUUCUCCAGAUUGUCGCUACGUUUCUCCAUUUUCUCUUCUAUUAUUUUCUUCUCUCUUCAUUCUUACCGUUGUUUUUUAUUUUUAUGCUUCAUACUACCGCUAUUUUUAUUUUUAUUCUUCGUGACAGGGGUUCACUUUGGCCUGGGGAGUCAAGUUCAGCAUUCACUUCAAAGAUAUCUGGCGCCAUCUAGCGUCGUGAAUGGGUAUAAUGUCUAGACCCCGAAUAUAAGACGACCCCCACUUUUUCAGUCUUAUUUCAAUGCAAAAAACACCGUCUUAUAUUCGGGCCGAUAUGGUACUUUGUGUGAUUUUUGGCCUAUUAGUAUGAGUAUUUGUAAACGGCUUUCCAUUGUCGUCCCGCGUAGGACAACUUUUCCAGAAGAAAAGCUGCAUUCAUUCAAUCUUCCACGAUUUAGGGUAAAGCGUAGCACUGUGGUACAUGUACCUCAAUCUGGAUUGCAAGGAUAUUGCAUAAAUGCACAAAUGUUUUUCAAGGCAUUCCUGCACAUCAAGGCGGUAGAAAAGCCUCCCGCUAACUACAAACCUCGUUCCGAAGACAUUGGGGACCUUGUGUUAAACAUAAAUUUAAAAAAAAAACAGAAUACAGUGAAUUGCAAAUCAUGUUCAAGAUACAUUUAAUUGGAUACACCCCAAUAGGUCAGGUGGCAAAAAUAGUCUGAAGAAUGUAAGCUCUGCUGUUUGGAACAUCCCGCAUGUGGGGGGGGCCACGAUAGGGUGUCAAAGGAGCUACCCUGAAUUGCUCUGUCAUUCACAUGAUUACCAAACUAUCAAGGAGUAUUUGUGCCAAAAGAAAAAUAGUCGCACACAAUCUUGUCACGCGGAAAAAAAAAAAAAAACCUAAUUGGAUGUUGAAAUUUCAGCCAAAACGUUAAUGGCACUCGGGAGACCCGCAGCCACCGUCUUCCUUGAUACCGCCAGAGAAUCGGGGCCCCCUGGGGAAAACAUAUCGCUUAGCAGCCCACCAAUUCAAUACUACUUUUAUACAUAAAAAUUGUAAAUAUGCUUUUCUAGGGCAACUCUCAGUCGUAGGAUGAUUGACACGGUUAUGUCUUGUCCGUGUCCCCUUUCCUGCGCCCUUGUCGAUGCCUGCUUUGUAUUUUUCUGGGAGUCGAAUAAAAUGGGAGCAUUUGUUCAAAACAGAGCUUGUUUGAUAAGUUCAAACUGCUGACGGUGUUGAUGUGCCAUAUAACGAUGCCUUUUGUUACUUUUGCUUGUUUGUUUUGUGGAUACAUUCUGUCAGUCAUCUUGCCAUCAUUAUUUUCGCCUGGCCCAGUCCAGUGGUGGGGAGGACGUCCUUACUUUGCCACACACACACA